GCCAUGAAUCUGUUACAAGAUUUGUUGGAUGAGACAGGCAACAUGAAAUCGGCCACAGCCAACCUGGAGGAUGAAGUACAGAAAAUCAAGGACCGUUUAGCCAUGAUAGACCCACAGGAGAUGGAUGAUCGGCUAAAGACUUGCUUAAGUGAUCAACAUAGUUUGGAUCAAGAUGUGAAAGACUUAGAGAAGAGGUUAAGCCUGUUUCCUUCCCCUGAGGAAAUGAACAACAUGGUGCGCUGGGAAGUUCUUGAGGAUGUUCUUGUGAGAGGCAAGAGGAGUCCCACUCCUGAGACAAGCCCAGUCCUGCGUUCUCCAACUGGUUCCACCUCUUCUCCAGAAGGCAGAACUCCUGGAUCUCCAGGAACCCAGCUUGGCACUCAGAGAAGGGAAGGAGCACCAGGCACACAGGCUGGUUUGCCAGGGGUACAGGCCGGUGCCCCAGGGGCUUCACGAGGAGCAGGCCUCCCUGGAGCCCAGCCAGGAGCCCCAGGAGCCCAAAUGUACCCAGGCGGUCACCCCGGGGCCCAGCCAGGAGCCUAUCCUGGAACCCAAGCAGCUUAUCCAGGGGCUCAGCCUGGAGCACCUGGGGUCCAGGCAGUUCCUGGGGCCUAUCCUGGGGUUCCUGGGGCCCAGCCAGUUUAUCCUGGGGCUCCUGGAACCUAUCCUUUAGUGCCAGGGGCGCAGCCUGGAGCACCCGGGGCCCAGCCUGGAGCCCCCGGGGCUCAGCCUGGAGCACCCGGGGCUCAGCCUGGAGCACCCGGGGCUCAGCCUGGAGCACCCGGGGCUCAGCCUGGAGCACCCGGGGCUCAGCCUGGAGCACCCGGGGCUCAGCCUGGAGCACCCGGGGCUCAGCCUGGAGCACCCGGGGCUCAGCCUGGAGCGCCCGGGGCUCAGCCAGUUUAUCCUGGGGUUCCUGGGGCCUAUCCUGGAGCACCUGGAACCUAUCCUUUAGUGCCCGGGGCCCAGCCUGGAGCACCUGGGGCCCAGCCUGGCGCACCCGGGGCCCAACCUGGAGCACCCGGGGCCCAGCCUGGACUACCUGGGACCCAGCCUGGAGUGCCCGGGGCCCAGGCAGUUUAUCCUGGGGUUCCUGGGGCCUAUCCUGGAGCACCCGGGGCCCAGCCUGGACCACCUGGGACCCAGCCUGGAGUGCCCGGGGCCCAGGCAGUUUAUCCUGGGGUUCCUGGGGCCUAUCCUGGAGCACCUGGGGCCCAGCCUGGAGUGCCUGGGGCCCAGGCGGUUUAUCCUGGAGCUCCUGGAGCCCAACCACCCUAUCCUGGGGCAGGUGGGCCCUACCCUGGUGGUCCUGGAAGCCAAACAGCCUAUCCUGGGAUACCCGGAGCCUAUCCUGGAGCACCCAUGGCUUACCCUGGGGCUCCAGGAGCACCAGCGCCUUACCCUGGGGCACCUGGGGCUUAUCCUUUGGCUCAGGCUGCCUAUCCUGGAGCUCCUGGGGCCCGGCCUGGCACUCCUGAGGCCCAUAUAGCCUAUCCUGGGACCCAGCCUGGAGCGCCAGGAACCCAGCCUGGUGUUCCUGGAGCUGAUGCUGCUUAUCCUGGAGCUCCUGGGGCUCAGCCUGGAGCACCUGGACCUGAGGCUGCCUAUCCUGGAGCUCAACCACUAUAUCCUGGGGUGGAAGCUGGAGCUCCAGGAGCAGAAGCUGGAUUAUCUGGGCCCUCUGCAUUCUAUCCUGGAGCCUAUCUUGGACCUGCUGGUGCCCAAGCUGGAUACUUUGGCUAUCCUGCCAUCUCCUGGCCCUACCCUCCUCCGUAUCAGCCUGGUGAAACUGGAACAUCACUCUCAUUGCCUACAGCAGGAGGCCAGCUGGCUGUGCCACCUGGCCCCAUCCUGGGAGCGACACCCCCGGCAUCUCCAGUCUUGCCUUCUACAACCCCCCUACAGCCUUCUGAGUCUCCCUCCGUUGUCUCCACUUUGGCCCCUGCCCGCUACGCAGAGACGGUGGAUGCCUUGCGCUCGCUUGCACAGCUGACCGAACUCUACUAUGCACUGAGAGACCAGAUCAAUAUGCUGGAUCAAUACAAGUGUGGCCAUGCUGAUCUCCGGAGGCUGCAGGACUUCCUCACCGAAGCUAUUUAUAGGAACAUUGCUGUCAUCCCACCUGACCUUCCACAAAGGCUUGCAGCAAUCCAGUCAAUGGAAGAAGACCUGAAAACAGAGAAGGAGAAGUUGAGGAAGAUUCAGGAUGUACUUGAAGGAGAACUGGCAGGACCUGAGGAGAAAAUGGAGGGAGCUGGUCACAUCAACAUGCAGUUAGGUUACCUCAGAGCAACAGUGCAGGACAUAGAGAAAGAGCUAAAGGAACUGAGACAGAAACAGGACACAGGGAAAGCCACGCUGGAGCAGUCAGUGACCGACACUGCCCUUUACCUCCAGGAACAGUUAGAUAAGCUGAGGUCUGUCAUAGAGAACAUGAUGGCCUCCUCAUCUACCUUGCUGUCCAUGAGCAUGCCACCGACCCCAGAGCCUGGGCUGGCCCAGGUCCAGCAGGGCACAUGCGCGGCUUGCAGCUUAGAUGUCAGUGAGAAGGUUAGCCAGCUGUUCAAGCGCUACGAGCAGCUCCAGGACUCCAUCAACAACUUCAUGCUGAGGCAGGUGGAAGGCAAAGCAUCCAGGAAACCCAAGCACCGCCAGGAUGAAGAGAUGCUCAGUCAGAUCCAAAACACCAUCUUGCAAGUGCAGGAAGACUGCGAGAAGCUGAAUUCCACCACGGGUAACCUCAUAGAAGACCAUCAUCAGAAGCAAAAGGAGAUCAAUAUGUUGUUCAAGUCACUGGAGAAAUUAGAAAAAGAAAAAGCUGACAAAGAUCGUCUAGUGAUGGAAAUUGACGUGAAAGCAGAUAAGGCUGCCCUUGCUGGGAAGGUCAGCCGUUCCCAGUUUGAUGCGACUACAGAGCAGCUGCAUAAGAUGAUGCAGGAGCUGUUAAACAAGAUGGCUGGACAAGAGCAAGAUUGGCAGAAAAUGUUGGACAAACUCUUGAUUGAAAUGGACUCCAAGUUGGACCGUUUGGAGUUAGAUCCAUUCAGACAACAGCUGGAGGAGCGCUGGAAAGAUAUUCGGAAACAGCUGAAGCAAAGGGCCCCGCAUGAUGAAGGAGAUGAAGCUGCUGGAAUCCGGAGGAGACUGUUGGCUCAUUUCCACUGCAUUUCAUGUGACCGACCCUUGGAAAUGGUGGUGCCUGGCCCGCACAUCACAACACUGCCUGCUGUGCCCGGCUUGCCUCCUCACCAGUCCCUCCGGCCGUACAUGGUUUAUGAAAUGGAACAAAUCAGGCAGCUGAACCGCAAUCUGAAGUUAGGACCGGGUGCUCGUUUUGAUGCACUGGAGAAGAGUGCGAGCCUCAACAAGCUGCGCCGCAUCCAUUCCAAGAUGCUCAUGGAUAUCCAGAAGGUGCAGAGCCAUUAUGGUGGAGCAGGAAAGGUCAACGCUCAGAUGAUCCGGGAAAUACUGCAGUCGCAGUGUCUCGGCUCAAGCCCAUAUGGCAAACGUGACAGACUUCCUGAGAUGGCGGAUUACAGCUACAUAAGUGUACCACGGCAUUGUGGAGGCAGCCACACCCUCACGUAUCCAUACAGACGCUAUGGGAGGUUGCAGCAGUUUGCCCAGUGUAUGCCCCCUCUCCAUGCUGACGAAGGCACCAUGCUGGCCAUGAUGAAGCAUGAAGAGGUGGAUAUACUAGGCCUUGAUGGUCAUAUCUACAAAGGGCGGAUGGACACACAGCUCCCAUCGUUAACUGGAAAGGAUGGAAUGUCAAGACUGAGAAACAAGCUCAUCCGGUCCUCCUCGCAAAGGCAUCAGCCCACCCUCGGUGACAUUGCCAGCCUCCCAGUUCGUCCCCAUUCGGCAAAAGUGUCCUUGCGGAGCUUGUCAGCAAAGUCCAUAGGGGACAAGUCUGUGGCUCAUGUAAAGGUCGCUGAAGAGCCUGGAGGGCAGGACAGAGAAACACUGGAGUUACGGAUGGAGAUUCCUUCGAGUCAGAGGUCCGAAGAGCAGUCCACUUAAGCAGCCUGACGACAGCCUUGCACUGCAAUAAGAAUGUGGUUCUCACAGAAGAAAGCCAGACAAUAAAGAGUAAACAAAACAGGGAAAGGGCUGUGCUGCAGGCCUCCUGCUGCCAGAGGAACACCACCGCCACCAACAACAACAACUGGUGUUACGCCCAUGGUAAAUGCCAUCUCUGGCGAUGAGGGACAGUUGCUUUGGGAUCAGUGGGUCCACUUCAUGGCAAAAUCUUUCUCUACCAAAUGUAGAAUUCUUAACUUUCCUCUAAUAGAGCAAUUUACAUCUGUU